CACAAAAAGAGCUUUCUCAAGUGGAUUUAGAUGUACCGUACUCAUACACUAUAAGGUGUAAACCUCAUAUGAACUUUUUCCUGCCCUUUCGAAAAGUUUUUCCCCUCUCAUGUAAAAUCUACGCAGCUCCUUCACCUUCGAAGACGGCUUCGGGAAAAUAUCGGCGAAUUACAGCACACAAGUCCGAAGAUUUCAAAGUCUUGGGAUUACUUCCCUCGCUAAGCCAUAUCUUUCACCUGUCCUUGCAGUAAACGAAAGUAGAGCUUGUGGCCAAAAGGCCAUGGAUGCUACAAAAAUAAGCCAAUUGAAGCUCUUCAUUGAGCAAUGCCAGUCUAAUCCUACCAUGCUGAGAGACCCAUCUUUGGGUUUCUUCAGGGAUUAUCUGGAAAGGCUUGGGGCCAAGCUGCCAGCAUCUGUUUAUCGCUCGGGGGAAACACCGAGCACCGGGGAUGUGAGAUCCAAUACUUCCGAAGAAAAUGAUUAUGACUUGCCUUACCUCGAAGAGGAGAUUGGUGAUUUAAAAAAUAGUACUAAACAAACAGAGAAGGAUGAUUUAGAGGAUGUCACAGUUGAGUCAGAUGUUGCGCUGGAUGAUGAAACCGUAGCACCUGAUAAUGAUCCUCCACAGAAGAUGGGAGAUCCAUCAGUGGAAGUAACAGAUGAAAUGCUGGAUGCUGCUCAAAUGGCGAAGGCAAAAGCUAUGGCUGCAGUUUCAGAAGGUAACCUAAAUGAGGCCAUUGAACAUAUGACAGAAGCUAUCAUCUCCAAUCCAAAUUCAGCUAUCCUGUAUGCCACCAGAGCUAGUAUAUUUGUAAAAAUGAAGAAACCAAAUGCUGCAAUCCGAGAUGCGGAUGCAGCUUUGAAGAUAAAUCCGGAUUUUGCGAAAGGGUUUAAGUCUCGAGGCAUGGCAAAGGCCAUGUUGGGCCAGUGGGAAGAUGCUGCCAAAGAUUUGCAUGUUGCUUCACAGUUGGAUUACGAUGAGGAGAUAGCUUUGGUUUUGAAAAGGGUUGAACCUAAUGCAAGAAAAAUUGAAGAGCAUCAUAAGAAAUAUGAGUGCCUCCACAAAAGGAGAGAAGAGAACAAAGCCAAAAAAGCCAUCGAGCAAAUGGCUGCAGCAAAGAAGCUGGAGGCACGUGCAAAUCUACAUGAUGGACAUGUCAUUGGCAUACACUCUGCCAGAGAAUUAGAAACCAAGUUUGAUGCGGCCAACGUCUUGUCUAGGUUGGCAAUUCUAUAUUUCACUGCUGCAUGGUGUGGCCCUUGUCGCUUCAUUGCUCCAGUCUUUGAGGAGUUAGCAAGUAAAUACCUUGAAGUUGUAUUUUUAAAGGUUGACGUAGAUGAGCUCAAGGAAGUGGCAGCCCGGUGGAACAUAAGCAGUGUCCCCACCUUCUACUUUAUCAAAAAUGGCAAAGAGUUGGAUAAGGUAGUCGGAGCUGAUAAGACAGAACUUGAAAAGAAGAUUGCACUACAUUUGGGGAAGGUUCAGAGCCCAUGAGUGUGUAUGGGAGUCUCCGCUAACUGGUAUCUAGAAUUAGUAUGUAUCUGGUUUUACUGUUGGCUUAUUUCUCUGCAGCAUUUGACGUGACUUGGUGCUUUAUUUUCACGGAUGAUGUGUGUAUUAGUGGAAUAUGUAAGUGGCUCGUGAGAUUUCUGAAAUCAAGAGGGUUUGUGCAUCCUCUUGAAUUUCAACAUUCUCUGUUAUUGCUGGUGGAAUGAAGCUGAGGUUCUGGUUUUGGUUUAA